GCUCAGCCCUGUAUGGGGGAAGGCGGUGUGCUCAUGCAGGUGUGUGGGCAGGGGAGCAUGUGUGGGCGUGCAUGUGGGUGUAUGUAUGCAUAUGUGCAUGCUGUGCUCAGGUCAUAUGUGUAGGACAGGGCCACACCCUAUAGUCUAGGCUCACCUCAAAUCCAAACUAUCUACCUUAGCCUCUUGAGUGCUAGGACCACCCCAGCUGACUAUUAUUUUUAUUUAACAACAACAAAAAUGAGUAUUGAUCUCUUUUUUUUUUAGUUGAUUUUUUUUUUCUUGGCCACCCCACCCAGUGUGUUUUCUUUUUCUUUUUUUCUAAUUUUUUGGUUUAAAAUAUGACAAAAAUUUUAGGAUCUGAACCAUUUUCAGCAUGUAAGUCAGUGACAUGAAAUAUGUUCACAGUGAUGUCAGCCAUCUCCUGAGCUUUUCUCAUCUUCUAAGUCCAUACCUUCUAAGCUACCCCAGCACUUUCCUUUUUGUCGGUGUGAACUUGCCUCCUUUACGUGAUUGGCCUCACAGUGCCCUGGCUUCGUUUAACUGCCUUACUGUAGGGCAUGCGGUAUCUCCAGGGCUUGGCCAUUUAUAGGAGGCAUUAGAAUCCAUUCCCCCGUUUGAGAUUUAUCUUUAUAUUUUUAAUUUGUAUGAGCAUUCUACCUGCAUUCAAUGACAUGUGAGUGUAGUUGGCCUUCGGGACCAGAUUGAGGGUGUUAAAUCCCCUGGAACUAAAAUUAAAGACACUUGUGAGCCACCAUGUGGGUGCUGGGACCUGAACAAAGGUCCUCUGCAAGUGCAACAAGGGUUUUUUUUGUUUUGGUUUGGUUUUUUACGAUUGACUGUACUUUUAAUCUUGUAUAUGUGUGCAUCUGAAUAUGUGCUGCUUGUGUAUGGGUUCCCAUAGAGGCCAGAAGGUUCAAUCCCCUGGAGCUGGACUCGGAUCCUCUGAAAGAGUAAUACCUGUUCUUAACCACAGAGCCACCUUUCCAGCCCCUUAGGCUUUUUAAAUUUGUAUUUAUAUAUGUGAAUGUUUGGCCUUGAUGUAUGUGCACCACUUGUGUGAAGAAGGCAGCAGAUCCCUCGGAACUGGACUCACUCAGUGUUAAGUAACAUGCGAGAGCUGGGAGCUGAUCCCAGUUAUCUGUAAGAGCAGUGAGCACUCCUAACCAGUGGGACAUGUCCUGCUCUCCUCUCCCUCUGUUUGUGCGUGUGUUCGUGAACACUUGGAUGGAAUCUGCCUUUUGGCUGUUGUAAUAAUGGUGCUGUGGAUAGAGGCUUACAGAGAGCGUUUGGUUUCCUUUUUCAGUUCAUUUAGGCAUAUCCCCAGAAGUGAAAUUACAUCUAAUGAUAAUGCUAUUUUUAGUUUUUUUGAAUAAGUACUGUAGUAUUUUCCAUGGCAUCUUUCUAUAGAAUUUUAUAUUGCCCCCACAAGUAUGGAGUCUACAUUGUCCACAUCUUUUUUAAUACUUGUUAUUUUUCUGGUUUUAAAUUAUAGGUAGUCACCGUUACAGUUGUGAAGUGGUUGGCAUUUUAAAAUUAUUAGCAGUAUCAAGCAUUAUCUUUUUUUUUUUUUUUUUUUUUUAACAAGUUUAUUUAAACAACAAGACGCUUGACUUGAAGGGAAAACUAUCUAGGAUCAUUUUGUUCAAGAGUAAUUUAUCCCUACUUAAAGACAGAUUGCCCUACAUGUAACAGCUACGUACAAAAAAGUUAUAAAAUUGUCCUUGGUUUUACAAUGAUAAAUGAAAAACAUUAAAAUUCUCCAAUCGAACAAGGUAUGCAAGGAUUUGGUGUUGUUGGGUUCUUUUGUUAAAACAAUGAGAGCAAAAUAACUUACUGGAAUAUAAAGAUAAGAGCUGAAUGAGCAUGCCACUAGUGGAGAAGGGGGUAUUUUCACAAACCCAGUAUUUUUCCCCAGACCAUCUCCAUCUCAUGUCAACCAGAACAGAACAUCGGUCAUUUAGUUUAAAAAAGGAAAAGAAAGAGAGAGCACUAUGAGUGUGCACAUACACCAGUUACUUUAUGUACAAUAAAGAAAUGGGGACAGGGAAAUGAAAGAAGAGAGAAAACUAUACUGUAGUAGUCAGGAUGUGGUGGGACCAAAUUGUGGCUUUCUAAUUGAGAAUGUAUUCUUGGUCUAUAACAAAAUUCUGGAGUAAAGUAGCAGGCUCCCUUUUUAGUAGACACCUCCAGUCUGCUGCUGGAACACAUCAAUCGUAUCUUCAUCCUCCAUUUCCAACUGUGCAGGUGUGUCUGUUUCGUUGAUUGGCUGCCCAUCAAACCGGAAUCUGAUCUGCCUCAUUGACAAACCCUGCCGUUCACAAUAGGCUUUCAUUAGUUUACUAAGUGGUGUAUGCCUCUUAAUCUUAAACUGCACCACAGAACCAUCCUGUCCCGCCACCUUCAAAUUAAUAUGAUCGUUGUUCUCAGUCUUGACUCCUUCCUUGGGUUUCUCGUCGGCCAUGGCGAGCGCCGGAGUCUCCUCAGCUGCCGCUUCACAAAAGAGGCACCGGGUCCGCACUGAGGGAGCGCACAAGCAGCACCAGGAGCGGCAGGAGGAGGCGGCAGCGGUGGACGAGGCGGCAGCGGUGGACGAGGCCUCAAGCAUUAUCUUUAUGGGCUUGCUGUCUGUGGUGGACGUCGAGCUUCAUCGGCACUCGCUUGGUGAAGACUCCGUUUAUCCUCAGUCGUCGGAAUCAGACGUAUGUGAUGCCCCGCCUCCAACCCUGACGCUUCCAGCCGCCGUGAAAGCCUCAGCAGUGGCACAGUCCCCUGAGCCGGCAGCUGCUGCCCCUGUGGGGGAAGGAUUCCCAGAGACCACUGAAGCUGAGAGACACAGUACAUUUUAUUCUUUACCAUCUUCGUUGGAAAGAACACCCACUAAAGUGACAACAGCACAGAAGGUCACCUUCAGUUCACAUGGGAAUUCUGCCUUCCAGCCUAUCGCAUCAAGCUGCAAAAUUGUGCCACAAAGUCAGGUGCCUAAUCCCGAGUCACCUGGCAAGUCCUUUCAGCCAAUCACCAUGAGCUGUAAGAUUGUCUCAGGUUCUCCAAUAUCAACUCCAAGCCCAUCACCAUUACCUCGCACACCAACUUCCACUCCAGUUCAUUUGAAGCAAGGCACUGCCAGUUCUGGUGUCAGCAACCCUCAUGUUAUUGUGGAUAAGCCUGGGCAGGUCAUUGGAGCCUCCACUCCAAGUACAGGAAGUCCUACAAGCAAGCUCCCAGUGGCCUCUCAGGCUUCCCAAGGAACAGGGUCCCCUAUUCCUAAGAUUCAUGGAAGUAGUUUUUUGACAUCUACUGUGAAGCAGGAGGAGUCUUUAUUCGCAUCUAUGCCACCUCUUUGCCCAAUUGGUAGUCACCCUAAAGUGCAGAGCCCCAAAGCUGUGACUGGAGGACUUGGGGCUUUCACAAAGGUGAUCAUCAAACAGGAACCUGGAGAAGCUCCUCAUGUGUCCACAACAGGAGCUGCGAGCCAGUCAGCAUUCCCUCAGUAUGUGACCGUGAAAGGGGGUCACAUGAUAGCUGUGUCCCCUCAAAAGCAGGUCAUAAGUGCUGGAGAAGGGACCACUCAGUCACCAAAGAUUGCACCCUCCAAGGUUGUUGGUGUGCCUGUUGGCUCUGCCUUACCUUCCACAGUGAAGCAGGCUGUAGCAAUCAGUAGUGGCCAAAUCCUUGUCGCCAAGGCCAGCUCUUCUGUCACCAAAGCUGUUGGUCCAAAACAAGUUGUGACCCAAGGAGUUGCCAAAGCAAUCGUGAGUGGAGGUGGAGGGACCAUUGUCGCUCAGCCAGUGCAGACCUUAACCAAGACUCAGGUCACAGCUGCUGGGCCGCAGAAGAGUGGCUCCCAGGGCUCAGUAAUGGCCACCUUGCAACUACCAGCCACUAAUUUGGCCAACCUGGCGAACUUGCCUCCGGGCACUAAACUGUACCUUACCACGAACAGCAAGAACCCCUCAGGAAAAGGGAAGCUGCUGCUGAUUCCUCAAGGAGCCAUCCUGCGAGCUACCAACAAUGCCAACCUGCAGUCUGGCUCGGCUGCUGCUGGUGGCAGUGGCAGCAGUGGUGCAGGGGGAGGCAGUGGAGGUGGCGGUGGCAGCGGAGCAGGAGGAACCCCAAGCACCUCUGGCCCAGGAGGGGGCCCCCAGCACCUGACUUACACAUCCUACAUCCUCAAGCAAACCCCCCAGGGUACAUUUUUAGUUGGCCAACCAUCACCCCAAACACCUGGAAAACAACUGACUACUGCAUCGGUGGUUCAAGGAACACUGGGAGUCAGUUCAUCAUCUGCACAGGGACAACAGACACUGAAAGUCAUCUCUGGACAGAAAACCACUUUGUUUACACAGGCAGCCACUGCUGGGCAGGCAUCGCUGCUGAAGUUACCAGACAACACCCUGAAGUCAGUGCCAGCAGCUCCACAGCUCGCCAAGCCUGGGACCACGAUGCUUCGAGUGGCAGGGGGGGUGAUCACAGCUGCUCCCUCCCCUGCAGUGGCCUUCUCAGCAAAUGGUGCUGUACACCAGUCUGAAGGAUCAACCCCUGUGUCAUCCUCUGUUGGUUCUAUAAUCAAAACUCCUGGUCAGCCACAAGUGUGUGUAAGCCAGGCCACCAUGGCAACCUGCAAGGGCCCCGCUGCUGUUGCCGGCACUGCCGCGUCCCUGGUAUCUGCACCAAGCUCCAUCUCUGGGAAAGCCACAGUGUCAGGGUUGCUAAAAGUUCAUUCCGCUCAGUCCAGUCCCCAGCAGGCUGUCCUGACAAUUCCCAGUCAACUCAAGCCACUAAGCAUCAAUACCUCUGGUGGCGUGCAGACUGUCUUGAUGCCUGUGAAUAAAGUGGUUCAGUCGUUUUCUACCAGCAAAUUACCUACUACUGUCCUGCCCAUAAGUGUUCCAAAUCAAGCUGCCCCCAGCUCUGCUCCAGUAGCAAUUGCCAAAGUGAAGACUGAACCAGAAACUCCUGGGCCAAACUGCAUCUCACAGGAGAACCAGGUAGCAGUGAAAACAGAAGAGAGCUCUGAGCUAAGCAACUACGUCAUUAAGGUAGACCAUUUGGAGACCAUCCAGCAGCUCCUGACAGCAGUAGUGAAGAAGAUCCCAUUAAUUACUGCAAAAGGUGAUGAUGCCAGCUGUUUUUCUGCGAAGUCCUUGGAGCAGUAUUACGGCUGGAACAUUGGGAAGAGGAGAGCUGCUGAGUGGCAAAGAGCAAUGACAGUACGAAAAGUGUUACAAGAAAUCCUGGAGAAGAAUCCAAGAUUCCACCACUUGACUCCCCUCAAGACCAAGCACAUUGCUCACUGGUGCCGCUGCCACGGUUACACCCCACCAGACCCCGAGAGCCUGCGACAUGAUGGAGACUCCAUUGAGGAUGUGCUGACCCAGAUUGACAGUGAACCAGAGUGCCUGUCAUCCUUCUCCACUGCUGAUGACCUCUGCCGGAAGCUGGAGGAUCUGCAGCAGUUCCAGAAAAGGGAGCCUGAGAACGAGGAAGAAGUGGAUAUCCUCAGCCUGUCAGAGCCACUGAAGACAAACAUUAAAAAGGAGCAGGAAGAAAAGCAGGAAGAAAUGAGAUUCUACCUUCCACCAACCCCAGGCUCUGGAUUUGUUGGUGACAUUACACAGAAGAUUGGAAUCACCCUGCAGCCUGUGGCGCUGCACAGGAACAUGUAUGCCUCAGUGGUAGAGGACAUGAUCUUAAAGGCCACGGAACAGCUGGUGAGUGACAUCCUGAGACAGGCACUGGCAGUUGGAUACCAGACAGCAUCUCCCAACAGGAUUCCCAAAGAAAUUACAGUGAGUAAUAUUCAUCAGGCCAUUUGCAACAUUCCUUUUCUGGAUUUUCUUACAAACAAACACAUGGGGAGACUGAAUGAGGAUCAGUGAAUACAGCGAAGAGAUCCCUGAAAAGCGGGAGAGGCUGUGUCUGCAGUGUGCAGACUGUGACCCUCGUGUUUGAGGAAAGCUGGUGUUUUCUGUGUUGGAACGCCACGGUUGCCAGACCAUUCCUUCCAUCUAACUGCGUAUUACACAAGGGCAUCGAGUUCCAGGUGCCCCCCUUUUAGGACAGAGUUGUUUCCCAAUUCUGGAGGGAAGCUGAAUGGACACGGCUUCGUCAGUUUGCAUUUCUUUACUCCCACAAGGCUCUGCGGGGUCUUGGUGUGAGACAAGGCACAUGCACGGGGUGCUCGGUCCCUCUGUGGGCUGUGCGUGGGUUCACCUGGGGCCUGCUUUUCAGAAGGCAAAGAUAAGCCCGCCAUGCUGGGCUGGGGAACUCUGAAGAAGACCAGCAACGAGUACCUUCUCCCGCCUUGCCUCAGCGUAGAAGGGCUGCACUCUUGGCUGGUGUGAGUCAGCUACAGAGAAGGUAAUACGCCAUGUGGGAGGCCAAGGAGGCUGCAGUGAGACUCUUCCACGGAACCAUGACGCUAGUGCAGUGACAGCCUGUGUCACGGCCGUGUUGAGGGGUCCCAGCAGAGGCCUGUGUCGUGUAACCCAGGGACUACAAGUGUCAGUGUGGGUAUCAACCUCAAAGUCAGGCACUUGAGCCAUGUGUGGUCCUCCUCCAUCUGGGAUUCAGAAGCCCCUGCCACUGCCUCAGGUCAAGGGGAGGGAGGCAGCCUCAGUGCAGACUUUAUAGGAUUGUCCUCUUGGUGGACCGGAGUCCUGUCCUUCUCUGCCAAAGAGUUUUACCAAGAUGAAAAGGGUUGAAACACCUGUGAGUGCCUUACAUGGGAAGAACUGCUCUAACCCACUGUGCUAAUGUUCAGAAGCAGAGCCCUCAGUGAGAGCUGCACACACGAGCCUCUAGCAUCACUACACAGUGUGCACACACUGGGGACUCCCCAGUCCUCCUGACUAUUAUGGGGACACAGGAAAGACCUCAGCCUCAGUUGUAAACCUGCUCUUUGUCUGCUCAAAGGAAACUUGAAAUAUCUGAGUAAAAGUCAAAGAAACCCAGCUAAGUAAGCAACAUAAAGCCUGUUGUGUCAGGUCCUGCAGGUCGAUGUGUGAGUCAGGAAACACUGCAGGGAAAUAGACCUUUCCUUCCGUACCUGAGAGCUGCAGGUACCAAGGGAUCUACCGUGCAGGGACUGGGCAAGCACAGCUUACUGCUAUAAUUGGGUAUAUAAGGCUUAAGAAUUUGGUCUAUGCCAGGCGUGGUGGCGCAUGCCUUUAAUCCCAGCACUCGGGAGGCAGAGGCAGGCGGAUUUUUGAGUUCAAGGGCAGCCUGGUCUACAAAGUGAGUUCCAGGACAGCCAGGGCUACACAGAGGAACCCUGUCUCAAAAAAACAAAAAAAAAAUAAAAACAAGAAUUUGGUCUAAGACCAUACAGCAGAUUGAUAUGCUGGCACAGAUUUGUUCAGAAGUGGACAGAGACUUACAAGGUAGAGUAUCCCAAUGAGAGCAGAUUCAUUUGUUGUGAUAAAAAACCUAAAGAAAUUACUUUUUUGCUAAAAAAAAAAAAAUCAAAUGAUUUAACAGUUUCUGUGUAUGUUAAACUUUCAAGUGUUUUUUUAAAUCAUAAUGUGUAAUAAUUGUGUAUCAUUUUGUCUACAAUAAAACGUUUAGUAUUUGCAAUGGG